GCUGCAUAUUGUUAUAAUGCUUUCUUCCAAGACCUUGAACCUUACGCUUGCACCAAAGUUCUCCAGCUUCCGUCGAGGACUCGUGCUUCCGCGCCACUCGAUUAAAGCAAUGGCGACCCCCGUGACCACCAUCUAUGUCAAGGGCGACCCGGCCAAGAACAAGCUGCUGGACUGCCCCUUCUGCCACCGCGUGCUACUGGCGUACGAGGCCAAGAAGCUACCCUACAAGAUGGAGUACAUUGACUUCGACAACAAGCCCGCCUGGCUGCUGGAGGCCAGCGGCGGCAAGGUUCCCGUGAUCAAGGAGGGUCCCGAUGCGCCGUACAUGCCUGACAGCGAUGUCAUUGUGGUGCACCUGGAGAAGCAGCACCCCGAGCCCUCGCUGCAGUCCUCCGUGCCAGCAGAAAUCGGCGCCAAACUGUUCCCCAACUUCCGUGCCAUCCUGAUCGGCCCGGCGGCGGAGGUGGCCGACAAGGUGGCCGCGCUGGAGGAGCAGCUGGCGGGCAUGGAUGACUACCUGAGGCAGCACGAGGCCCAGGGUCCGCUGUUCGGCGGGCAGCACCUCAACGGCACCGACUGUUCGCUGGCGCCCAAGCUAUACCAUGCUGUGGUAGCGCUCAAGCACUUCAAGGGCUGGGAGCUGCCGGCCAGGUUCACGGCGCUGCACAAGUACUUGGCCGCACUCAAGGCGCUGCCCGAGUGGCAGCAUGUGGACUACGGCACAGAGGCCAUCAUCGCCGGCUGGGAGCGCCACAUCAAGCACGCGGCGGCGGGCACGGGGCAUCACUGAGGGGCGUUGCAGUUGGAACGGAGCGCGUUUGAGGGCUUACGGAGGGGAGCGGCGACUGCCGUUGUAGGGUCUACGGCAGGAGAGCGGAGCGGUCCUGCAGCGCCGGCAGCAUACACAGCAUUGCGACAUAGUGCCGAGGAGGCGCUGGCGUGUCUUAAUACACAGAGAUGUUAGUACUCUGGCAGGUCUUGACGAGUUUCGUACAAUAUGUGCGUGCAGGGGCCGUGUCAGCACCAGCGCAUUACAGGCAGGCCAUAUUGUGUCAAUAUGAAUGAGCUUGAAUGAGCGUGUGCCUGACUGACCAAUUGCGGCAGUGGGCAUGUGUUCUGAAGAACAGUGUAGCUAGUGAAGCUGGCACUCAAUGCUGGUCGUGCGUAGCGCACGCUGUAACUGUCCGAGUUGCAUUAUGGAGUCUGCCAGUAGCGAGGCGUGUUGCAGGGCGCUGUACGCACGAAUGCUCGAUGCUUUGCUGCCGGUCUCGUGUGUCUUGGAAGAGUUGCGAGUGGUCGGGUUUCGGUUACAUGUUGCAAGUCGGUUUGCCGUAUUGCCGAGAGUCAAAUUGUGUCCUUGUGUCGAAUUAAGUCAAAGCGUUGCCUGGAUUCAGGAAGGCGAACCAAGGAUGGACUAACAGAGAGGUGGCCAGCCGGCCAGUCCGAAGUGUGACAGUGGCGCCGCCCGCAGCAUCUGGGUAGCAUAGCGGUCAGGGCGGAUAUCGAUGGAGAUGAAGUGCGGCAUGAAGCCUUAAGCGACAUCUAACUUUUACCCGUUUGAAGCCGGAAACUACCAUAUCCCAAUGCUGUUGGACGCGAAGGUAGUAAGGUACUUGACACCGUGGGAACGGCCAGAACAGGCCAGGAUGUGCCUGCAACACGGGCACCGGCGUUCUGCGGCAGCCUGCGCCGCGGCCUGAAAGGCCAUAGGGUAGGGUAGCACAGGGAAUCGGUUUCAAGAGCCAAUAUUGAUCAGCGUGACCAGUAAGUAAAGCAGUACCA